CGGACCCCAGGCCUGCCGCGGCCGCCAUUGCUCUGUCCUAAUUCCGCCGCGGCGCGUUUCUCCGGCUCCUUCUCAGGGACAACUUACUUCAAGAUGAAUGCGCCGCCGGCAUUCGAGUCCUUUCUGUUGUUCGAGGGAGAGAAAAAAAUUACAAUAACCAAGGACACGAAGGUCCCCAAUGCCUGUCUGUUCACUCUGAACAAAGAGGACCAUACCCUUGGCAAUAUCAUCCGAUCGCAGCUGCUGAAAGAUCCUCAGGUGCUGUUUGCGGGAUAUAAGGUGCCCCACCCCCUGGAGCACAAGAUUGUGAUCCGUGUGCAGACCACCCCGGACUACAGCCCUCAGGAGGCCUUUACCAACGCCAUCACUGACCUCAUCAGCGAGCUGUCCCUGUUGGAGGAGAGGUUCAGGGUGGCCAUCAAGGACAAACAAGAAGGGAUUGAAUGAACGGUGUCUCCUGCUCAAGUGCUUCUCCCUCGACUUUGGAUGCUGAAAGAGCUUUCCCCCCAUCAGAGCCCUGUUCAUCAUGCAUUUAUAUUAAACCCGAGUGUUUCGUGAGCAGGGCCUGUCCAACUGCUCCCAUGGCAGGGCACACCCGUGUGGCAGCUCUCCCCGAGCCCAGUGGUGUGCCUUGCUGUAUGUCCUACUGUGUCACAUAGUAUCAGUGUAUUAGUUCACUGACUGUCUUCCUUUUCAUUUCCAAAGCUGUUCUGUCAGAGCAUUCAAGCAAUUAUUGUAGGAGCUGUAAUGAUUAUGGCAGGUAAUGUUCUAGUAGGUUUUGAUUUCGUUUUAUGUAGGUUUAUUCUAUAAAGUUUGAUUUAGUCAUUAUUUGAGAUGUACAGGGUAGGCUUGUGAAUUAUGACGUCCCUGUCUGAAUUUUCAGUACUGUUUUCGCAUUAUAUAAAUGCUUUAGCCCCAACAAAAGCAACCUGUUCAAAUAAAGUCAGGUUUUUCAGCAUCUUAAUUGUGAAACAUAAGGCAGCCAGUGUGUUUUUGAAAACUAUCUUGUAUUUAAGUACAAGACUAAUUUACAAGGUGCAAAUAUAUUAUUGUUUCAUGAGAAGGUCUGUCUUAAGAGGUCUGAAUCAUUCUGUCAUCUAGCUGGUCUCAAUUAAUUGAAUUUACUAGUCCGCAAGGAACAUGUGUGUUUCCCACCCUUUUUGUAAUUGUUUUUAAUAAUGUGCGUACAUCCAGAGUAUGUUGCUUUGUAGUCGGUAAACCCUGAUUUACUUGUAAAUAACUAGAAUGUUACGUUUUGUAAAAUAUUUGAUUAAAAAAUUGAAAAGUA